GGUAAUUUCAAUCGUUAUUUCCAAUCGAUACAGAAGUCGAAGUACUACCCAUCCCCUUUUCCGCAUCUUCCUCAACAUUCAUUUCUCGAAUCCGUUUCUCAUUUUCUUCGCAAGAGAAACAUCGUCAGUACAUUCAUUAACAUCUCUCGUUUACAGUUACCUCGGCAGAAAUUCAGCUGAAAGCUCCCGAGCCUCGGAACACCGUCUGAAUUUCCACCACCACCAGCACAACGCAACGACAGCCGACAAUAUGGUUGACACAUACGAUCCCCGCUCUCUUGACCGAGUCAUCAAGCAGGAGAAGGAUAAACACGGCGAAGCGAGCGUCUACGCGUCGACUGACAAUGGCUUUGAUGAUGACCAAAACGACGCCGGCAGCCCGCCCGCCCCUACUCGUCCGACUCUACCCCAAGCGAACUCGAAGAUUCUCAUUGAUUUCGGUGACGAUUCCAAAGAUCUUAACGCUACUGAUGUUGACGCCAGCCACACCCACACGAUCACGAGUUCCGCCGUCACUAAGCAGAUUGAGUCUUUCGGUCCUGGUCGCAAGUCGUUAGACCCGUCCUCGGCCGAGUUUACUCCCAGCAGCACAACCCGAGACCAUUUGUCAUCGAAGCAGUCGUUCUCGUCCUACUCAGAUGCUCGCCAAGACGACUUCCUUGCCAUGACGUCUCGCCUCAAGCAGUUCGAGGCCGAUCAGGAAGUCCUCAAACGUGAGAAUGUGAGCCUCGAAUAUGCCAACGAAUUGCUGAAGCACAAAGUGAACUUGAACGAGGCCAUAAUCAACGAGCUCAAGGAGGAUAUCAAGGAGGCCAACCUCCUCAGAUGCCGCGCGCAGAGCUACUCUGUUGAGCAAAAUGAGCGAUGCAAAAAGGAUCAAGAGGCCUUGAGCAAGCUCCAAGAUGAUCUUGACCACACUCAAGAACAGCUUACAGAGUACAAAACGAAGCAUGCCGGAGAGGUCGCAAGCAAUGCACCUCUCUUUGCCCAGAUGCAGGCCAUGCAGAAUUGCCUUCUUAACGCUGUCGAGCGAGCGAAGAUGUAUGAAGCUUUCAUGCGCGGCUUUCUUACUGAUCAUCCAGAGGUGACGGAAUCUUUCGCUACCAUUGGAGUCUCUCUUGACAGAUCUCUUGAUGAUAGAGGAAACAUGAACUCUGGUCUCCCGACAAUUCUUGGCAUUAAUGACGAGCCCUUGAUCUCGUUUGAGGACCAUUUCCCGGCUCUCAAGACACCUGCCAAGCCUCUGAACAUCGAUCGAGCCAACCAUGCGACUUCUCCGAGGCCAGAGUUACCCUACGUUUUCAAGGAAGCCCUCAUCACGCCCGACCCUCCAGAACUCUCUGCCAAAAAGCAGCAUCCUCCUCCUCCCAUUCAAUACCUUGACAACCAGAAAAUCGAGACUGCAGCUCGCCCAGAUAAUGGGACUGGUCUCGACUGGAGUGAUGGCAGCGAUAACAUCUGGGACAGUCCAUUCCAGAAAGAACGUGUGCUGCGGGCAUAUCAGCGUGCCACUGGUAGUCGUCGCCCUUCAGCGGUGCCGGGUAUGUUGAAAUACGGGAUCCGGUAUAUCCGAAAUGAGACUGAUCAGAAGCUAACUGCCAACGACGGCAUGCCAGGUGUGGCCUCCAGGACUAUCAUCAUGACUGGUUUCCCCGACGAGGUUCACGUCCAGCGUAUUCUUGAGCACAUUCGAGGUGGUCGAAUUCUCAAGGCCCACGCGCUGCCCAUGGGAACUAGUGAUAAUCGCCUCAACCAUGCGUACAUUGAGUUCACCUCUCCGGAGGACGCCAAGGCGUUUUACCGGUACAGCCUGAACCGUGAUCGCGAAAUCGGGUUCACCACGGCUGAUGGCAACUCGGUUCGAGUCCACAUCAGCAUUGCCAAUACGGACUCAUUCCCCUUGAAGGACUCUAUUGUCGCCAUGAUUCGCGAGGGAAGUACUCGUUGUCUUGCCGUCACUGAAUUUCCCGUCAUGCAUCUGCAUACCGUGCUCAAGAGAGCCGGACUAGCGUCCACCUUCGCCGAGGUCAUUACGCACUUUGUCUACGCUGACGACGGAAGCUUUCAGAUCUCGUUCUCCAAUAUCGAGUCAGCUGUGCUUGUUCGCAAGUGUAUCAUCGGAUCUCCUCUUUAUAGCGGUUCACCCGAGGGGCACAAUGUUGUCUUCUGCCGUGACCCUUGCGAUGCCUCACUCGAUGAUCUUCUUCAUAUCCGAUACCUGCCUACAUCCCCCUCGUUCAACGUUGAUAUCAUCUCCGCAGAGAACGCCCGUGGCUUCCAGACCAAAGAAGAGGCCGAGGCAGAAGAUCAGCGCUAUCAAGAGGCAUGGCUUGCGAAUGCCCACUCAGAUGAUCCGGUGGAAGAGGCAGAGCUCGACGCAUUUCGCGAGGGACAAAAGCCUAUCACUUGGGAGAAAAGCGCCAACUGGAACGAUGCCGUUGAGUACAUGGAUUUUGAUCCUGACCAAGGAAAAGAGGUUCGUCACCGCAAAGAUCCCAAGUCGGGUGCCUUCCAGAUGUGGUACUCUGCUGGUUGGACCUACACCACUGAGCAGUCGCAAAAGGAAUGGCUGCACUACAAUAUCGACAGCACUGACCCUUACACUCAGCAGACUGCGGACCUGAUCUAUCAGAGCACUGGCUUGAUCGACCAGCGAAAGCAGAUCAUCGUUGAUGAUGGUGGAAUCCAUGGUGACGCAGACCAGUCCCUGAACACUGAAUCGAGCGCUUCACGUCGCUCCGCCUCGGCCAGAAUUUGGGCGGAGCCCAUUGACACGAUGAGCAAUGAUCGACCGGUUCACCUCACUGUCGUGCCCACCACCGGCUCCUACUACAAUCGCAUUUACGGCAACUCUAGAUUGGGAGUCCCGUCCCUUUUGGACACCCCAUUGAUCGCGAACAGUAAUGUACCGACUACGCCAUUGGCAUUCCGUCAACGCCUCCAGGAGAUUCACGAUGCUCCUUCGUCCGUCGCCCCGUCAGUAAUGAGCGGAGGUGGAGCCUUACACGGAAUUACGAAGGCAGGAUUCAACAAGCUGGCAGCCCGGGUCGCGCGCGAUAAGCGAGAAUUGUACAAGAAGAAGAAGCCCCACCAGGAUGAUGGCCCCUUUUGGUAA